ACCGACCAGACGCCGCGGCCGCCACCGCCGCCGCCGCCAUUUUAAUGGAGCGCUCGGGCUGCGCUCGGCUCUUUCCGCCCGGGCGAAGGAGCCGAAGAGAGGCGCCUCGCGCUCUCAUCCCUCCCUCCGCUCCCCCCGCCCUCCGCCUCUCGCCGCACACACGCCGCACACCCCGCCGGAGCCGCUGGCCACCCUCCCUUUCCUCUUCCGUCCAGCCUCCCCGCCCUGGGUCCACCCCCUGUGCGCGCUCGCCCACCCCGCCCAGCCCGGAUCUCUGUCAGCGGCCGGAAGGGAAGCGCGCCGCCCGCCGCCGCGGGGGGAGUCGGGCCUUUUCAUCAGAGAAAGACAGCGAGACCUAUUACCGUGAGGAACGAAGCCUUGGCGUGAUGGUUUACAACAGUACUUCCAAAACGCAGGCAGGAAGGUUCCUCGGAGUUCGAAGGCAGCCUGAGCGACUUUUAGAACCCCGUUUCCCAAUGUCAAAAGAAAUGGGAGCUAGAAGUGAAAAACAAGUGAAAAAGGACACCCAGCUUAAGUUUGGUAUUGCAUUAAGAACUAGAAGCUCAGAUGGCUCAGCAGUUAAGAGCACUUGCAACUCUUGCAGAGGACACAGAUUCAAUUCCCAGCAUGGUGCUCACAACCAUCUGUAUCCUGUUCCAGGGCAUUCGAGGCCCUCUUCAAACUUCUGCGGUCACCACACACACUCGUAGCACACAUACAUACAUACAUGCAGACAAAACAUAAAAUGAACGUUUAAUUUAAAAAAAAUUACAAAGCAUAUUAUUGUUGGGAAGUUUUUCCUUACACCUUCACUGAUUUCUGUUUCUAAGAUGUUUCCACAGGGAUAUGACAACAAAGUCUGAAAGGUCAUGUGCAUGACCCCAAACAGAAACUUGAGCACAUUUUAACAAAGGCCCUAUAUUAAUCUAUUGUCAGGUCGAGGUGUGUCACACUUUUUCUGUGUACUUGAACUGCCUCUUCUUUCAUGCUGUUUUGAACUUGGUACUAUAAAGUUUCAUUCCAACCCCUGUGUGUUAUUUCCUAUGAGCUUUAUGAGUCCUUCAGCUAUUUUCCUUUCAUCCUUCUCCCAACCUCCCUUCUCUGAUUAUUGACUCAGCAGACAUCACCUUCCAGCCAACCUUUGUCCUCUUAACAGCCUUUUGUUUUUUCUCCCAGUAGAUCCCAGGUUAUUUCGGAAAAGCCACCAAUGAACCUUGAUUUGAAAAAGACCCACUACCUAAGGAAUGUGUCUAAGUUGUUUUAAACUAACAGACAUGGCAACCUGGUAUCUCUAGGGUUAUGAGAACAUACCUUUUAAGUUUUUGCCUAUGACAUUGACAUUUUUUAGGAUUGAGUCUUUAUGAAAGAAUUACUGUUCUCUAAAAAAUAGAUUAAUUCAGCCAACACGAAUUUUAACCCCUCUCUCUGCCUGAAACAUAAUGUAAAUAUGGAAAUUAAUUUAAAAAAUAAAAACAUUUUUUAGUAU